UAUGGGGGUAAUAAAUAUCAGUGUUUUGAGCUUUGGUGAAAAAGGAGGAGGCUGUUCCUUGUGAUAGUUGUUCCACACAGAUAUCUGGAGACAUGGGGGAAGGUGCAAUAAUAAACUUAAUUUUCAAGGCACCAACUAAGUGCAGGUGCACUCACCUGUCAGGAAAUUGAAGAUACAAUUGAUUGUGUAAACAGAGAGCUUGAGGCUUGCUCAUCAUUUCUUCUGAGAUGUGUGCAGCCAAUACAGAAGUAGCAGUGAGCUGUUUGCACUCUGGCAAAUACUGCUGUCCCUGCUGACAGGGAGAAAGGGAGAGGAGACCCUGUAAAAAGUGAAUGCAAUCCUUUCAAAUCCAUAGGGACCUAAAUUUUGAAGAUCAGAAAUUCUGCUGCUAUUAGUGAUUUGUUGCAUGCUUACUCCUUCUCCUGCUUUCAUUUUAAUUAACUGCAUGAUAUGGAGCUACUAACUUUUAUUUCCUGCUUUCAUUUCUUCAUUUUCAAGUUCAUCUACCUAAGAAUUUGAAUUGUUGAGCUUCAGGUAACCUUAUCAAGAUGAAUAAACAUGGUGAUGUGUGUUAUUGCAAUGAUCUUGUCCUUGAUUAAAUGAAACUGGUGUUUCUAAAAGGUCAUGAUAUAAUUUUAAUAUCAUAGGUUUGUUUCCUCUAGGCCUUUUUCUGUGGUUUUUUUUCUUUUUUCCAUGAAGGAAGGGGCAAAUGUCAGUCAGCAGGUUCUGUAUGUGUAGCAGAGACAGGUUGAAAAACAGAGGACUUGAACAAAGCCAUCUGUCUGCAGCUGUAGUUUGAAUUUCUGAGCUGUGAGGAUUGUCUUCCAGUUAAUCCCUUUUGCAAUCUCUGUGUGACCUGUUCGGAUUUGUUUGUUCCCUUUGUAUUAUUUUUCUGGGGCUGAGAUUACUUCAUCACCUUUUGCUUUUCUAGAUUCUCUUCUUUGUCCUCUCUCCUCUCUUUCAACAUGUAACAAAUAUGUUAUUUCCCCACACGCAUCCUUGAUUUUCUUAUGUUGCAUGCAGAAUAUGCUGAACUUGAUGGUUUGCUGACUUAAACUUGCUUUUUCUUUCAAACAGGAAAUGUGAACAUAAAUUGGUUUGCAGUUUACUUACCACAUUUAUUCUGUUGUACAGUCUUGAAGCUGGGAAACUAAGGUGAUAUGUGGAACUGAGCACUUCUCCUCUUUUACAGAUAUUUCUAUAAAUUCCCCAAGGUGUUUAUUAAAAUUUGCCUCAUUUAUGUUGUCCUGGGACCUUUUAUCUGUAAAUUUUGCAUAUCCUUUGCAUUGUGUCAGAGAUUAUUUCCCUGCUGUUGUAUUUCUGAAAGAAGUGAUUUAGUUUCAAAUGAUGGGAUCCAUAUCCUACUGAGCCACUCAGGUGAACAAAGAGUUACAGCGAUGAUAAUUUUCCUGCCCACCUUCUUGGACUGCAGUGUGGUAAAGGUGAAAUAAGAGAAGCCUGGUGUGUGUAGGGGGGAGAGCAGCUAUUCUGUUUAAGAAACAGGGUUCAUUUAGGGGGUUGCUGCAAACUUUGUCAAAAGGCAUUUGUCACAGCAUCAUGCCGCAGGCGUUUCCCUCCGGCCGGAUUUCUGUGUACAGCAUUCCAGCUCCAGAUGCUGAACGGGCUGCAGGGCAGGAAAGUCUGUGUGUUUAUGACUGCCCAUCCUACCAAGAAGGUAGGAUGCAUCGUUUCUUCAAAUGGGUGAAGUUGUGUUUCUGGAGGAGAUGUCUUCUAGGAAUAUUACCUACAGUUUCUUUAACAGUGACAGCAAUUGUGCUUCUCCUGCACUACUCACUCUCAUUUUCCUUUAUUUAUAUCAGUGGAAGUGUAGAAAUUCCUAAUUUGACUUAUACAAAUGACCUCAAUGAUCCAACAUCACAGAAGUUCAUCCUGCAAGCAAAGGCAAUACAAAAUUAUUUGGCAGAAACAUAUGAAUCUUCCUUCUUGGGAAAAUACUACUUGAAGUCUGUAGUGGCUGCUUUCAGUGAAGGAGAAUCUGGGCUACGAGCUUACUUCUGGAAUACAUUCUGGGCACCACAAGAUAUGGUUGCUUCUCUUAAAAAAUUAACCCUAGUGAAACAAAAAGAAAUCUGUAGUAAACAAGCAGUUCCCUUGUUCAGUUCUGGGCAGGAAGAUUUUGAUCUUGUUGCAAUGGAGCUUUUUGUUUCAGAUUCCACAGAAUAUGAUAUGAUCUUAAGAUCAGCAGUAUCCUUUGACCUGUAUGCCAAGCCAGGUAACAACAGGACUCUAACUCUGAUGAAUCCCAAAAAGUCUUUUUAUCAAUGGAGACUGAGAGUUCCUUCUAAUUACGUGGUGAGACUGGUAGUUAUCACUCAGCAUGGUGUCACUCCAGAGAGCUGUGCAUCACACCACUUGUCAGCAUAUGAUUUCCUUCUUCCACUGCAGAACAAGAUCAUCACCAGAUGGUGUGGGCCUGGGGCCUGGACUCCUUCUGUUGUGCGUUUGACUUCAUCGAGUAAUGUGAUGUUGCUUACCUUCUCGCUGGACCAAAGAGGAGAAAGCAAUAUAUUAAAAGCUCACUUUCAAGCUGUUCCUAAAAUCAUAUGUGGUGGUCAUUACAUUUCCUGGAAUGGGACACUGAGUUCCCCUUAUUACCCAAGUUAUUACCCACCAAACAUCGACUGCACCUGGAUCAUCAAGGCACCAUUGCCUGGUUACAAGCUCUCAAUAAAAAUUCUUGUAAUACAAAUUCAAGAGAAGUCUCCAGGGUCCAGUAAAUGUGAUAAAGACUGGCUAGAAAUUGAUGGAGUUAGAUACUGUAAAGCUCUUUCAGAAAACAACAGAAACAGAGAAUAUGGCUAUUCUGUUGCAAUCAACUUCCAUUCUGAUGAGCUGGUCACCCACAGAGGGUUUUAUAUUGAAUACAAAGCUUUCAGUCAAACAGACCGUUGUAAUCCAGAACAGCUGAACUGUGGUGAUGGGAAGUGUAAACCUCAGUAUAAGUCUUGUAAAGAUGAUGACAGCUGCAGGCAGGACAGUGAUGAAAACAACUGCUCCUACAAAAGUUGCUCCCCUUAUGCAUACAAAUGCCUCAAUGGAAAAUGCUUGCUGAAACCAAGUCCUGAGUGUGAUGGGAAGAGAGACUGUGCAGAUGGAUCAGAUGAAAUGAACUGUGCUUGUGGAAGACCCCAACUUAAGAAAACCAGAAUUGUUGGAGGUGAAGAUGCGAGAUCUGGGAAGUGGCCUUGGCAAGCAAGUUUACAGAUGGGGGCACGUGGCCACGUGUGUGGCGCAUCUGUCAUCUCCAACAAGUGGCUCAUAUCUGCUGCCCAUUGCUUCCUGGAUUCUGAUUCUGCAAGAUACUCUGUUCCAAUGGGAUGGAGAGCGUAUAUGGGCUCGCAUACUAUUAAUGAAAAGAGCAAUCGUGUAGCUAUGAGAUCAAUCACAAGGAUUAUUGUCCACCCACAGUAUGACCAAUCUAUCUCAGACUAUGACAUUGCCCUGCUGGAAAUGGAGACACCUGUACUCUUCAGUGAGCUGGUACAGCCCAUUUGUUUACCCAGCACCUCUAGAGUGUUUCUUUAUGGAACUGUCUGCUAUGUAACUGGCUGGGGAGCCGUAAAAGAAAAUAGUCAUCUUGCCAAAACACUGCAGGAAGCUCGAGUGAGAAUGAUUAACCAAAGUGUUUGCAGCAAGCUCUAUGAUGAUCUCAUUACUUCACGUAUGCUGUGUGCUGGGAACCUUAAUGGUGGUGUUGAUGCAUGCCAGGGAGAUUCUGGAGGUCCCUUGGCCUGCACAGGGAAAGGCAAUAGAUGGUACCUUGCUGGCAUCGUGAGCUGGGGUGAAGGCUGUGCUCGGCGCAAUCGCCCUGGUGUGUACACCAGGGUGGCAGCACUUUAUGACUGGAUCCGUCAGAACACAAACUGAUGAGCCAAGGAGAAAAUGCAGAUCCCCUCUGUGUGAAAGCUGCUUCCUACUGUAGUCAAUUUGAUGAUACAACACAAAAAUGCCAUUGACUGUUCCUUGGUGAAAGAAUACGCUUUUUUAAUGAAGAAACUAUCAUUUGUGGUUCAUCUAGCAAUAACUGUUCAGCCUCAGAGGAACUUCAGAUUCCUUAUGGAUUCAUCUUCCUCGUGUCUAUUUGCAGAAACAGCACUGCCUUAAAAACAAAAUAAAAUGGAUUAUAACCUGUAACAAAAAUCCAGCCAUAGCUCAUUCGUAACCCUUCUCCUCUCCUUCCUUGUCCCUUGUUAUCUAUAUUUGUUUCCACAUAUGCAUAUCUGGAUAAAAAUGGCCACAUGCCGUAUAUAUUCAACUCUUUAGGGAUGUUACAGGAUUAUAAACAUAAAUAAUUAUUUCAUAGUUCUUAAAAAUAUAAUAGUGUAUUGUGUACAAAGCUGAGAUUAAUUCUUUCUAGCUAUGUGUGACUGCAUGACUUUUACUUUCUGGGCUGUAACUUUUGGAGUCUCUACUGUGUUUUCUUAAAAAUAACAGCUUUAUAGUUCAAAAAUGCUAGGAUGCAAGAAAUUUUCAUUAAAUAACUGGAUGAGUAUAAUUUAGGUUCUUUGGGAUGAUGUCUAAAUAAAAGGAAGGAAUGAAAAAGUUGUAAGUCAUUAAACAAAAGGAAACUAUAAUGCUUUCUUAAAUUCUCUUUAGAAUUUGAACUAACUCUAGGGUUUAAUAUUUGCAAUAUGUUACAGGUGUAUUUCUGCAGUUCUGGCUCUGUACCCACUGUGAUUUUUUAGCAUGUUCCUGGUAGGUUAGGAUUGGUUUUCAUCCUGUCCUUGGUCCACAGUAAGCAGAGUUUCAGGCUCAGGAAAUAUUUUUUUUUUUUUUUUUGUGCAUCUUUCUAGGCUGUGCCCACAAGGCCACACUACAUUGAAUGGACAUAAAAGGAAAAUGGAUUUAUGUGGUUGGAUGCAUCCUUGGGCUCAAGGAAAGCAAAAUAAGAAAUGACAGCAACAUUCCUUUAACUCUGGUAGUAAAUCUAGGUUUUAUAAUUUUAAUCUCUUGAUGAACUUAUUUCUCUAAAUCCAGGCAAUUUAAGGUUUCCAAAGCUGUUUAUGUGACUUCAGAAUACCAGUACUUAGCUUAAUAAAAUAAUUCUCUAGAUGGCCUUAAGACCGCUUAGAUGGUCUUUAAGCUGUGCUCAGUAUUUGGAAAUGUUUAGCUUUCACCUUUAAUAUAUAUUUUUUAAAAAUAAGCUGGCAGUUUGUACACCUUCUCUUGCUGUCCACACAGAACACUCACUCUGCAGCAUGUAAGUUUGUGAUCUUUGUUCAGUGUUAGACCUACCUUGGCAGUGUGUGGGGGAAACAUGAAAAGAGCUAGCACUGUAAUCUGCAUGCAGAUUUUCUUCCUCUUUUCCUUCCUCUCUCCUGUUGGGCAUCUUGCCCCAGCUUGUGUCAAACUUACAGCACAAGCUAUAUUCAAAGCCUGUAUGUUAGCAGGGUUGUUUCUUUAGUGGCUACUCCAUUAUUCACAUCUUCCUUUUUAAUAAACAUAUGCUAAAACUGCAA